AUGGCAGACACUCGCUGCGCAGACGCAGACCUCCAACUCGACGUGGAUGUUAUGAUCCUCGAAUACACCUUGUACCACGCCAUCAAGGCGCAAUUCGAUUUUCUUUCAAGCGGGCGUCAAGAUGCGACUCGAGCGAGUGAAUCAACGCGGCUAUUGACGAUUUUCGACUGCUUCGUUCAUCAUUUCAACCAGCACCAUCCCACCCACCCAAAGUCGAGUGACUUCUACAGUAACCUGGACGUGCUCGAAUUCCUCGUCCUCCUUUCAAACCGGUCGGGUGAUACGUCAACCGCCGCAUUCAGCGACGACACUCCGGAGAAGCUGCGUUCCAUCUCGGCGGAGAACCUUGCAUCUCGUCGUCGCUGGCUUGCGGCCCGGGAGCGGUAUGCGCGGGAGCGACUCCGCGGACAACCUGCUGCUACCUCCAGUGACAAAUUGGCCCUUCAAGACUUAGAGGACCAGAUCUACAAAAGCUGGAAUCAACAUUACGCUUUUGGUGCGCACCAACAGCGACGGACGAUAUCGCCCUCCCUCUUUGACCUUCUUCCUCGCUUCAUAGAAAUAUCCGCCGAGAUGUCCGCCACGCUAAAUCUCCCUCCCAACGAGACUUGGAUGCAUAUAGCAUGCGAGUUCAUGCUCCAAGCUAGUCUGGAAGCACUGCGAAUGCGUUCGUUGCAGUCGCAGUCGCUCUCACAGUCCUUCUCACAGGCUGCCGUCAACGACAUGACACCCCGCCUCGACGACUGUUUCGCGUGGGGUUACGCCGACCCUCGAUAUCUCGUUCCCGACGGCGCCUCACCUGACAAGAAAAUGCAACUUGUAAAUGACCUCUUUAUUGAUCCCGACUGCGUGACUGAGGAGGAGGAGGACGACGACGACGCUGACAGUGGGGAUCCGGAUCUCCUCGGUGAUCACGAUUUGGACGAGGAUCCAGAAUGGACCCAGACACGCUCCCAAUGGUUAUGUGAAUUCUCGAUGGCGGUCGACGCGUCGGCACAAUCCCAGUCGUGUCGUUUGGACAGGUUGAGCGUCAAGUUCCCCCUCGGGGCCUUUCAGGACAAACUCAUCAGUUUCAUGCAGAGUGUAUGGGACCUGCUGUGCGGAGAUCUCAACAGGAAGCCUGUGCUCGCGCAGAUCGAGGAAGGUCACAUCAAGUCUCUGGGGGUGGUAGAGGGACCGGAGUUUGACGAGUUUCUCGAUCGUGUCGGUCUCAAAAGGGACUCUCGGGGGAUAUUGACGUUUGAUGUUCCUGAGUUGACGAGGCCGUCUGACCGCCUGGAUCUGGCGCCACUAGAUCCUCCUGAUGGACUGCAUAUACGUGGGAACGCAUGGUCAAGGGAUAAAACCGACAAGGUGAAUUCCAAGAAGAGAACGAGGACUUGA